AAUUUUGUGUUAUUACGCACUUCGAAAAUAUAUACAGUUUUCGCCAUCUUGCGGUAAAGUAAUAGACUGUAAUCAAAAUAUGAAGCUGUACCACAGUAGAUAUGGUAGUUUCUGUUCUGAAGAAACAUUUUCAUCCUGUCCAUCUACAAAAAUUUAAUUGUCAUAUGUUCUAAGUAUAUUGUCAGCUUGACGAUUAGUAAUAGCACUCAAUGAUUUUACUUUAUAGUACUUAUGUUACAUUUCUCAGAAAUAAUCGUAGUUGAAAAUUCGUGUUCAUGGUGGUUGUCAUACUAGUUACACUGAAAUUUAAAUGACAAUCAGUUUGAUCAAAUCGUGAUAUUAAUACGUAUCGGAUCUUUCGUAAACAAGGAAGGUUGAAUUUGUUAUUUAAGACGUUUAUUUUUUUUAAAUUUUACCACAACGGGGGCCGAACAGUCAAUAAUGUCCGUCUCUCAGAUGGAAAAAAACUUGUUUAAUCUUAAGUUUGCCGUGAAAGAGUUGGAAAGAAAUUCAAAAAAAUGUGAGAAGGAGGAGAAAGUCGAGAAAGCCAAAAUAAAGAAGGCAAUACAAAAAGGUAAUAUGGAAGGUGCUCGUAUCCAUGCUGAAAAUGCAAUUCGUCAAAAAAAUCAAGCAUUGAAUUAUUUGCGCAUGAGUGCAAGGGUCGAUGCUGUAGCUAGUAGAGUACAGACUGCUUUAACUACACGUAAAGUUACUCAAUCAAUGGCUGGAGUAGUUAAAGCUAUGGACGCAGCAAUGAAAUCUAUGAAUUUAGAAAAGAUUUCAGGUUUAAUGGAUAAAUUCGAAAGUCAGUUUGAGGACUUAGAUGUACAGAGUUCAUACAUGGAAAAUGCUAUGUCUCAAACUACAACUACAAAUGUUCCACAAAAUGAUGUUGACAAUUUAUUACAACAAGUAGCAGAUGAAGCUGGUCUAGAAUUGAAUAUGGAAUUACCAUCUGGUCAAUUAAGUACUAUAGGGUCUUCUACUGUUAGUCAAGAACAGGAUGAGCUUACACAACGAUUAGCAAGACUUCGUGAAUAGUAAUAUAUACAUUAUUAUUACAUCAUAGGUACAUAAUAAAUGGAAAAUUUAAUUGAUGCUUACGUACUAUAACCAGCAUUAACUUGUUAAAAACAAAAAACAAAGAAACAUUUUUUAAAACGCACUUUAUGAUCUUAAAAAU